CAACUAUUUGAACUAAAGGUCAAAUAGAUCAUGGUUCAUGAAAGUCAAGGACCGCAUAAAUCAACUCUUAUUGAACAAACAAUAAAAGGAGCCAUAGCAGGUGGAGUCACUGGGGCAAUUGAAAUUUGCAUCACUUUUCCAACUGAAUAUGUAAAGACGCAAUUGCAACUUGACGAACGUAUGGGUAAUGCCAGACAGUAUUCGGGGCCUAUCGACUGUGUAAAGAAGACUGUGAAAUCUUAUGGUAUUCGUGGUUUGUAUCGAGGUUUACCUGUUCUUCUGUAUGGUUCUGUUCCUAAGUCGGCUGUCAGAUUUGGAGCAUUUGAAGAGUUCAAACGUCAUAAUUUAUCUUCAGAUGGAACUCUUACAGCUGGAAGAAAACUUUUAUGUGGUUUAGGUGCAGGAGUUUGUGAAGCUAUAAUGGUAGUCACUCCAAUGGAAACCAUUAAAGUAAAAUUUAUCAAUGAUCAAACAUCUAAGAAUCCACAUUAUCGUGGUUUUUUUCACGGCUGCCGCUGUAUCAUUAAAGACCAUGGUAUUACUGGUAUGUACAAAGGUGUAACACCGACAAUUUUGAAACAAGGAAGUAAUCAAGCAAUUCGUUUCUUCGUGAUGGAAACUUUAAAAGAUGGUUACCGACACUAUCGAGGUGAUAAAGCUACUGGACUACCAGUCCCAAAGUUGUUAACUGGAUUAUUCGGUAUUGUUGCUGGUGCAGCAUCUGUUUAUGGAAAUACACCUUUAGAUGUUAUCAAAACUCGAAUGCAAGGUUUAGAUGCACAUAAGUACAAAAAUACACUUCAUUGUGCUUGGAAAAUAUGGACUGAAGAAGGCUUUUUUGCUUUUUACAAAGGCACUGUACCUAGAUUAGGUCGUGUUUGUUUAGAUGUUUGUAUUAGCUUCAUGAUCUAUGAUUCAUUUAUGGAGAGUUUUCACAAAGUAUGGGAUACAAAGAAAUCUUAAAAAAACAAUACCGUUACAUUUCUAUGAUAUUCUUGGUUGUGAACAAAUUCUUCUCACUAACAUUAAUUUAAAAACAGAAUCGUUUAUCGGAUUUCGAUUUACAUUUUAAUCUGUGAAAAAUAUUAAACUAGGAGAAGUAAAUCAUGAAGAGAAAUAUAUAGAUUGUAUUCAAUUACCUAUUUAUGUAUUUAUCGAAUUUAUAUUUAUAUGUUUAUAUUUAUAUAUAUAUAUAUAUACGAAUCAUUCCAAAUUUUAUUUAUCUGUUAUUCAUAUGGUUGUGCUGGUCGUGUUUUGGUUGUGCAAUAAUUUACGUAAAAUCAUUGUUAUUCUCUUAUUUAUUUCCGGUUUUUCCUACAACCGAUUGCUGCCUCUUUUUGUUUUUAAACAAAAAAUACUUUUCCAUUCUGUUUUCUAUUAUGUUAUCUUGUUUGGUUUAUUCCUGUUUUUUUCUUAUUGUUCUCAGUAAAUUUACUGAAACGCGAGAAACAAUCCAUUGUUAUGUUCACUUUUCUCCAAAUAGUUUCCAUUUGAUGAUAUCGAUUUUAUGAGUUGAUUGAUUCUAAUUUCGACUAUAUAUAUAUAUAUAUAUAUAUAUAUAUAUAUGGGGCAGUUUUUUACAUUUUAAUCUCUUUCAAUACUGUUUGCAUGUAUGUACGUGUUUAUGUCUGUGUUAUUAUUUCAAAUUCUCUGUAGUUUGUAUUUUGAAUAAGUGAAUUUAAAAAAUAUAUGUAUUGUUUAUUCACCAAAUAGUGUUACCAGUAAUGAUAUGAAUAUUUUUAUUUAUAAACUCGUUCAAUCAAUAACAUACGUUAUUUAAUAAAUGAUUAUUAUUAUUAGUGUA